UGGACUUUCACUGGUGCCCAGUAUUACUACCAGGGGCUGAUGGAUUAUCUGGAGAACAGAUUGUUGGCUAUUGAGCUCAUCAGCUCUACAGCAGCCUCCGGGGGGAACAUCAUUUGAUGCAUGCAGCCCUCUCCUCCUCUGUCCAACAAUAUUACAUUUUCUUCAGGGUUUAAGACAGUGACACACCAGUAAUGAGUACAAGCCCAACCUUUGUGGCUGUGGCAUCAAACAUCCCAACAGCCUAACCGAGAAAUGUGUUCUUCAGAGGUAGAAUGAAGCUGCAGUAAACAAAGAGCCUCGAGGAAAGAAUCGAAUUACUGAGUGUUCAACAUUGUUUUUCUUUAAAGCGGCUCUCAUAAGGCUACAUGUUAUAUCAAUGUCAUGAAAGUUUGUGCAAGUGAAACACUUAUGUUGACUUGAGGAUUAAAUGUCAGCUCACCUAAGGGAGUAAUUUAAAUAAUUCCUUUAUUCUUUCGGUUUACAUUUACAGAGUCAAACUGUGUGGCUCCGUUGCAACAAUGUCAUCCUUAAAACUGUUAUAAGCGUGAAAUAAAUUUUCUAUUUUUAAGUUAAAUCCCACUCCCAAUCCCCCUGUGGUUUUCCUCCAGUCUCAGUUCCAAUAUACUGGCUCUUUUGCAUUAAUAUGAACACAGCAACUCAUCAGCAAGCUUUCAUUGAACUUUUAUUUCCAUUUGUCCACAGGCUGACAGCAUGUACAGGAGGAGGGAGGCAGGGGACCCAUCAGUUAUUACAUCUCAGUCUAAAUAAUUCACCUGUCACUCUCACUGUGUCAGUCAUGUGCUGAGAAAUACAGUGCUCCUUUCUAUUUAGUUUAGGCAAUAAUUGAUUGAAACAGGGAAGUAUUAACAUCCCACAGUGUUUAUAAAUGGAAACACGACUGAGUCACUCGGGCUGUAAAUGCAUUGUCCUUACUAAUGUGAAAAAUACUAAUAUACUAGUUUCUAAAGUUUACUUGCUUACAUUCACCAGCCACUUUUUAGGCACACACACCUUGACAGUACUUGAUUGGACCCACGUUUGCCUUCAGAGCUGCUUUAUGUCUGCAUGACAUAGAUUCAGCAAAGUAUGAAAGAUUAUUAGGCCCACAGUAAGAAAAAAAAGUAUUAUUGAUCAUAAUUCUGUUUUGAGAAAAAAGUUGAAAUGUAGAGAUUACAGUGUUUUCAAGGUAAACUUCCACGGCCGCUCUGCCCUCUACAAAAUGCCUUGUGUAGAUGAGUCAGUGAAACAGACUGAUCAGCCAUCUAUCCUGUCUUAUCUAUCCUCAUACAUCCUCUAUAUUACACGAGGGCGUAACCAUUGCUAUCCUUGCAUCUGUCCAUUACCAGCCAUUUCCCACUCCUCCAAGUUUGUGUGUUUCUUUUCCUUCUGACCAGAUGCAGCUUUCUGCACCAUCGUUUCAUCGUCCAGCGCAUAAACACACCACACUGUGUUUAUGAGCUGAAAGAAACAAUUUCCUUGUUACUGUAACCAAUUCUAAAGGGCGAUUUUCACUAACUCAUCUACACAAGGCAUUUUAUGGAGGGUCUAGCAGGUAUGCCUUGAGACCACUGUAUUCUCCACUUUCAGACUUUUUUCUCUAAAUAGAAUUUCCACUUUAUUCUCAAAGUGAUUAAUUACAUAUUUCUUCUUAAUGUGGCGCAAACACAAAGUGCUGGAAACAUUCCUCUGAGAAUUUAGUCCAUAUUGAAACGCUACUGACAGCUGUCCAGCACAUCCCUGAGGCGUACUGUUGGACUGAGAUCUGGUAACUAUGACUAUGGAGGCCAUUUGAGUACAGUGUACUUAUUGUCAUGUUCAAGAGACCACUUUGAGAUUAUUUGAGUUUGUGACAUGGUGUGUUAUCCUGCUGGAAUGAGCCAUCAGAGGAUGGAUACACUGUGGUCAUGAAGGGAUGGGGUGGUCAGCAACAAUACUCGGGUAGGCUGUGGCAUUUAAAUAAUUUGUAUUAAAGGGUGUAAGUGUGCCAAGAAGAUAUCCUCCAGACCAUUAUCUAUGCUUUCACAUUGUUCAUUCCACAUUUGCAGCAGAACUUGAGACUCAUCUGACAAGGCAACACUUUUCCAAGCUGCCAUUCAAUUUUUGGUGUCAGUUGCAAUUCUUUCUUGCUUGGGGUUUGUUGUGGAUGAACAUUAGAACCAGGUAUAUACCUCAACUCAUUAUUCAUCUGUCAGCUUGCUGUCAGUUAUAACUGUAGAAAUGCUGAUGAUGUUGUGAUAAAGGAACCAUUCAUUCACUGGUAUCUUCCAAUAUUUACAGUCUCAAGUGUGAUGAAUUUGAUAGCUCACUGCUGGCAAGCCUUAGGUUUAUGAUUGUAACGGUUCAUAAGUAUUCUACAUAGCAAUUUAAUACUAUCUGUUUAAUUGUGCCUUUUAUUGAGGCAGUGUUAUUUAGUCCUAUUUUAAGCUUAAAGCAGUCAACAUGCUAACUUUACUCAUACCAAAGAUGGACAUUUAGGCUAUAAACCUGAGACUUGCCUGAACUCAGUGCAGUGUUUCCAGUUUUGGUCUGUCUGCUGAACCACAAUGAGAAAUGUCAUGCUGGUUGGAUACAUAUUGGGCUUUUGUAGACUAAUUAGGGUCACUGAAAAAUGAAAUUACAUAUACACACAGACUGUUUUCAAGUAACUAACCAUUACAAAGCAACGUGGCAAAUGGAGAAAAAUAGAGCCAGAUCUGCAGCAGCUAGAAAAUCAAAAUAAAGGUGGCACAGAGGACAUGAGCCUGCAGACUGAAUGUGGUCUGAACGGUCAUUUUAUUUUUAUUCUUUCACUGAUUUAACCCUUUGUGUUCAUUAUGUAACCAAAAUAACAAAAUAACACAGCGUUUUAAAACCAUACAACAUGGUUACUUGUGUUUCCUUACAAAAUCCAACCACUACUUCAAUGGGAAAAAUAAUAAAAACAGCUAAGAGUUUAAGGACCGCAUGCAGCUGUGGCAUGAGCAAUCCCAUCGGUACCACACAGAGAUGAAGGAUUUCAAAAAGCUGACUGCCGAAGCCAUGGAUGGACUAAAGAAUCACCACAGCAUGCUCUUCAAAGACUUGGAAGGAGCAGCUGCUCGAGUGGACCGAGUGGAACAAGAGAUGGACUACGUGGAAACCCAGAUGUCCCCUCGGGCCUGUACGAACAGGGCAGAUAAGGUAGUGGAGCAGGAUGCCUGGGAGCUGGAGGAAAGCAGAGGUGAGGAAGAGGAAGAAGAAGAGUGGGAGGAGCUGCAGUCUAGAGUCUCUGACUGUGUGGAAAUAAUUUCUGGCAUCCGAUCAGUGAAAAUCAUGAAGCGAGUGGGCAGUCCCAAGGGCAUGUGGACCAGAGACCCGAGAUCCUCCAAGGUUUACAUUUUUAAUGGCACAUCAGGAAACACCAUCUACCAAUUCAAAUCUUUACUUGACUUUUCACGCUCCCUGGGAGUCACAGGCAGCAGAAGCAUCAGGCUUCCCUCUGAAUGGAGCGGCCCUGGUAGCGCUGUUUACAAUGGCUAUUUGUAUUACAUAAAGCAGGAGGCUGAAGCAGAUAUGCAGGUGGUUAAAUAUGACCUUCUGAGUGGCUCAGUGACAGAAACUGCCAUGUUCCCUGUGGAGGGCCGUGCCACUGUUUACAACCUCAAUCCAGAGACUGUUGCAGACCUUGCAGCAGAUGAUGGGGGUCUCUGGCUCUUGUAUGCCCCCAGUGACAGUGAACCAACCAUCAGCCUAGCAAAGAUGGACGCUGCCACUCUUGAUAUAGAGCAAAUCUGGGACACUCGAUGCCCGCGGGAAAAUGCAGAGGCGGCUUUUGUAGUGUGCGGGACUGUCUAUGUCGUUUACAACACCCGUCUGGCCAGUCGCUCGCGGGUUCAGUGUGUCUUUGACGUCAACGACAUGGUGCUCAGUGAAGAGGCUCCACUCAUCUACUUCCCCAGGAGGUACGGGGCCCACGCUAGUCUGAAAUACAACCCUGAGGAGAAGCAGCUUUACGGCUGGGAUGACGGCUACCAAAUUAUUUAUAGACUGACCAUGAAGAGGAAACUCCUGGCUUGACAGCAGAGAAGUGGUGUCAUAUUUUCAUAGACAUAUAAAAAAAAUAGGAACAGGGAAUUUAUAUAGCCUAUCCACCUUUUCCCUAUUCAUGUGAUACUUUGUUUCUGCAAUAGUUAAACCACAUAACAUCCCUUUCUUCUCAGAACUUUAAGGGUUUUUUUUAAAAUUAUGGUUAAACAUAGCCUUUUUACACCUUGACUAGACAGCUAAGAUUUGCAUAAAUUUUGGAAGUUUGAUUUUUCUCAUUUCUAAAGUGUGUUUUUAUAUAAAUAUGAAUGUUUUCACAGAAAAUAAAUGAUAAGAUGACAUGCUAA